AUGCUUGUUCUGGCGGGUGGUUCUAUUCCACUAACUCAAGGACAAAUAUUGUGUCGUCACAUCUUUAAAUGCAAGUCAAAGCCCAUCAAACAAACUUUGUUGUGUGAAUACGACAGCGGCACAGUGGCUGAGAUUGCUGGGAUUGGAGGUCGUCGUGGGCUCGUUGAAAGUGCCAUGAAUAAACAGUUAUUGUCCUGUUCUCUGAAAGGUGGACGGCAGACAACUACAGUGGUUGCAUCCGUUGCCGCCGAUGGCGUCGAUCAACAGGUAGAAGUGUCGUACUGUGACCAGAAGGUGGUUGGAAAUGGCUCCUUCGGUGUUGUGUUCCUAGCGAAAUUGCAAGAAAACAAUGAGCCAGUUGCAAUCAAGAAGGUUUUACAGGACAAACGGUUUAAAAACAGAGAACUCCAAAUCAUGCGAAAGCUGUCACAUCCGAACAUUGUAAAGCUGAAAUAUUUUUUCUACUCUGGCGGAGAGAAGAAAGACGAACUAUAUCUAAAUUUAAUAUUGGAGUAUGUUCCGGAAACAGUAUACAGGGUGGCUCGCCACUACUCGAAACAGCGACAGUCUAUCCCAUUGAUAUAUGUGAAACUGUAUAUGUACCAGCUGUUUCGAGCCUUAGCCUAUAUUCACGGAAUCGGAAUUUGUCAUCGAGAUAUCAAGCCGCAAAAUCUGCUCAUUGAUCCGGAAUCUGGGAUUUUGAAAUUGUGUGAUUUCGGCUCUGCGAAGUAUCUGGUCAAGGGUGAACCGAAUGUGUCGUACAUUUGCUCUCGGUACUAUCGAGCCCCUGAACUUAUAUUUGGAGCCACCAACUACACAAACUCGAUUGAUGUGUGGUCAGCAGGGACUGUGAUGGCCGAACUCUUACUAGGACAACCCAUCUUCCCUGGUGAUUCGGGUGUCGACCAACUUGUUGAGAUUAUAAAGGUUCUUGGGACACCAACUAAAGAGCAGAUACAGAGCAUGAACCCAAACUACAAGGAGUUUAAGUUUCCGCAAAUCAAAGCUCAUCCUUGGGCGAAGGUGUUCCGUGCUAGUACGCCGCAGGAAGCUAUCGAUCUUAUCUCCACAAUAAUCGAGUAUACCCCCAGUGCUAGGCCUUCUCCUCAACAAGCAUGCUUGCACGCGUUUUUCGAUGAGCUACGAAUGCCAGAUACGAAACUUCCAUCUGGUCGUCCGCUACCUCCUUUAGAGAUGGAUGGUGAAGAAAAUCGUACAGGUCAUGGCGGUCAUGACUCUGCGUCUGAGCAAAGCUAG